GUGAUUACUGCUGCUCAUUGUGUUCAUAAAACUGCUAAGAAAAAGCUGAGAGUUAACGUUGGCGAUCAUAAUAUCGAAGAUGCUGAGGCCCAAAUCAUUGAUUUACGCUCACUGCAUGUUCAUUCUGGUUACAGUCCUUCUACUCUUGCUAAUGAUAUUGCUUUACUCAAGCUGAAAUCAUCAGCUACUGCCAAGCCCCAUACCUCUACUAUUCAAUGUGCUAGUGCAGAUACAAAAUUAAUCGCUGGUGAGGAUGUUCUCAUAACUGGAUGGGGUGCACUUGCAGAAGGAGGCUCACACCCUGAUAAACUACAAAAAGUAAAAUUGCAACUUGUCAGCGAUACUGAUUGCGAUGCUGAACAUGGCAGUGAAUUUAUGCCCAAGGAAAUAUUUUGUGCUAGAUAUAAACCAGGCGGUAAAGACUCUUGCCAAGGCGAUAGUGAUGGCCCAGUUGUUUAUAAAGGCGAUUUAAUCGGUCUUGUUAGCUGGGGUUACGGUUGUGCUUGCCCUGACAUACCUGGAGUUUAUACGCGUGUCAGCAACUAUGAAUCUUGGAUUGCUAAAACCAUGGGAUAA